AUGUCAAGACUAGACCGUUUAGUGGUGCUAUUAGAAACCGGUUCCACUCCAUUUAUACGUAACACUGCAGCGGACCAAUUACUGGAUUUGGCUAAGGGCCAUCCGGAGGAUACUGUGAAUUUAUUAGGACGAGUGUAUCCAUUUCUCAAGUCCAAAAAAUGGGAAACAAGAAUAGCUGCUGCUCGAGCCUUUGGUGGAAUAGUGAACCAUUCAGAAUUGUGGGAUCCAAAUAAUGAUGGUACCAUUAAGAAAGAACAAGAAAUGGAGAAUCUCAUCAAACAAGAGGUUGAAGAGAAUGUGAGUAUCAAAAUUGAACAAGAUGAAGAACUUCAAAAGUUUACCGAUACUUUAAGCAAUUUAGUCAAUUUUUCUCAAUUUGAACUUCAUCUGCUCUUGCAAUCAAAACAUAAAUUGGUUGCUGCCAAACUCGAUGAAGAAGACAAUAUUAAAAAUACUACCAAUGGUGAUCAUGCUAAUGGUAAGGAAUUGGACUAUGAUUUGUUUGCAAAAUUGAAAAGACAUCGAGCACCUGUCAAACAAGAAGAAGACGAAAGUUCAAGUUCAAGUGUCAAAUUAGAAACUGGAAACUCACCCAGAGGAGAAACUCCAAUGCUAAGUGACUCUUCUUCCAAUUCUCCAGUAAUUUCGGCUGCAUCUACUCCUCAACCAAUAGCAGCCAAUGCAUCUACGUCAACACCUAGCACCCCUGGUGCUGGUGCUGGUCCUGGAACCACAGGAAAUUCAAAUAUAUCAAGUGCUCGUUUAAAGAUGAUGAUGAAACGAAAAGCAAAAGCUCAGGCAAAAUCAGGAGUAAGUACUCCAAAGCCAAUUGACUUACAUCAAAGUUCUGUGUCUCGAAAGCUUGUUAGUGACGGGUUAGAAUUGAAGCAAGAACCUGGAACUGGUGGACCGUCAGAUACAAAAUAUGAUAUCACAUCGCAACAAGGAGGUGAAAAAUUAGUGUUGGAAACAAAAGCACCUGAAUUGGAGCCACUAUUAUCUCUGCACAUGAAAGUUGCUGGAUUAGUAUGGGAAUUCCAAGGGGUUUAUGAGUUAUUACUUAACGAUCUAUUUGAUGAUACUUGGGAAAUUCGUCACGGAGCUGCAUUGGGUCUUAGGGAAUUAUUAAAAAAGCAUAGCAAGGGGGCAGGACGGAUUAUGAAUAAAUCAUUAGAAGAGAAUAACCAUAAUAAUAGAGUUACUCUUGAGGAUUUGGCCGUUAGACUAUGUGCAUUAUUUGCAUUGGAUAGAUUUGGUGAUUUUGUUUCUGAUACAGUUGUUGCACCCGUCCGAGAAUCUGGUGCACAAACAUUGGCAGCGUUACUUUUACAUCUAGACGAUGAUAUAGUUUUUAGGACUUUUGAUUGUCUCUACGAUCUUGUGAUGCAAAAAAACGAGUUGGUCAAAUGUUGGGAAGCUAAGCACGGAGGAAUGUUGGGACUUCGAUAUUUUGUGGGAGUCAGAACUGAUAUACUUUUAAAGAAACCUGAAUUGAUGGAUGAUGUGUUUUACAUGGUCUUGAAUGGAUUAAAGGAGAGCGAUGACGAUGUUCAAUCAGUAGCAGCAUUAACUCUUUCCCCAAUUGCAUCUGAGUUUGUUAGUAUGAGAACAAAUUUGUUACAUGAGCUUUUAAAUGUGAUAUGGGACGCUCUCACCAAUUUGCGUGAUGAUUUGUCAGCGUCGAUCGGGUCUGUUAUGGAUUUAUUAUCCAAAUUAUGCACCCAUAAAGAGUGCAUUGAUAUUAUUCAACAUUAUGCUGUUCAAGAAGACAAAAAUUCUUUCCAGAAUCUAGUUCCUAGAUUGUUCCCCUUUUUACGUCAUCCCAUUACCAAUGUUCGGAAAGCAGUCCUCAGAACAUUACUUGAAUUCCUUUCAAUUGAAGACGAGCAAACCAAAAAGUGGAUUAAUGAAAAUAGUUUGCGGUUAAUCUUUCAGAAUUUAUUGGUGGAACAGAACAAGGAUGUCUUGGAGCUCUCUCACAAGGUUUGCAAUAAAAUCAUUGACGAAAUGGACAAAAACCCCGGCAUUCCAACAGUACAAGAAGCAUUUGUGGGUCAUUUCAAGCCUCUUCUUUCGUUAUUAAUGACCCCAAUUGGUAUUGCAAGAUUCAACUAUCAAAUGAAUACUACUUUAAUCAUGCGUCCUUCGGGACAAUACUUUGGCCCAAUUGAAGAUGUUAAGAAAAGGAAACGAAGAGCUUCUGAUGGAAACGGCAGAGCCAAAAUGGAACUGGAUAUUCCUUGCGGUGAAGAAGAAUUGAAAGUCAACAUCGAUGCUCCUAUGUUUAAGGGUGAUGUUAUGCUUGUUGGAUACGAUACAUUUAUGAGAACAAGAAGUUGUGCUGCUGAUGCAUACGGCAGAUUGUUAUCUUAUGUUACAGAAACCCAGGAUUUGGAAUUUAUCUUCCAAUUGAUCUUAAAGAACUUAUCAUCCGCUCACUCCACCCCUCGCUUAUUUGGAGCUAUGGUAGUUCAAUCGUAUGCUCAUGAGUUAAGAUCUAGAGAACUUGAAAUUCCUAAAUCUGCUGUUGAAGCCUUUAGUCAAACCAUCAAUACCACUUUGGCUGAACCUGAUUCUUUACCAUACUUCAGAGAGCUUGUUCCCACGUUGAAAUCUGUCAGGACGUGCUGUUUACAGUUGUUUGAUAGUUUCAUCAGCAACGCCAAGGUGAGCCCAUCCAAAAUUCCACAGCUACCUGUAGUUGUACAGGGUGAAGAAGAAGCUGGUUCUAGUGCAUUUGGCUUGGAAAACGCAGAGAAGAUCUUGAAUGAUAUUGCACCUAAAUUGACCAAAAGUUUAUCUGCCUCAAGUAGAAUGAGUGCCCAUCAGUCUUUAGAAGAUGCAAAGCAUAGAAUAACCGUUGCGAUGGAAGAAGUAAUCAUUGCACGAAGUAGUCGAAAUGUGGGUAUAUUGUCAGCAUAUGCAUCAGCAAUUCUUGAGUUAAGUGGUAUUCCUAAGAAGUUAAACCCUGUGAUUCGAUCACUAAUGGACAGUGUUAAACAAGAAGAGUCAAGCAUUUUACAACAACGUUCGGCAACUUCCGUGUCUCAUUUUGUAAAAGAUUUGAUCAAUGCCGGGAAGAAUGGCCCAGUGGAGAAGAUUGUGAGAAAUUUAUGUGCUUUUUUAUGCGUUGAUACUUCAGAGGUUCCUGAGUUCUUCCACAAUAAAGACUUUAGAACGAACAUAUUGUCAUUGAGAAAGGAAGAAGCAAGAACUGAUCCAAUUGAUAUUGCAGCACAUCAAAGAGAAGUGCACGAAGCAAAAAUCAAAAGAAAUGGAGCAAUCUUGGCUUUGGAAGCCUUAUUGGAUAUUCAUAAAGAAGAUAUAUUUGUUAGGGUACCAAUUCUCAAGUCAAUAAUGGUUGAUCCUCUCCAGUACUUAGGAGAAUCUGUCGAAGAAUUGGUUAACGAUCCUUUGAAGGGACAAAGUAUUGUUGAUGCUUUGGGAGUCAUAAGGGCGUUGCUAGCAAAGUUAAACUCUUUAUUAUAUCCUCAACUUAUUGACCAAUUGACUUCAUUAUUACCAGGUUUCAAAUCGGACUUUUCAGUAUUAAGGUACUCAACUGCUAAAUGCUUUGCUACUAUAUGUUCAGUGAUGCCUACAAAAUCUUUCACAUUCUUGGUGAAGUAUAUUCUUCCCAUGCUUAGCAAUGCUGGCGCAAUAAAGGAGAGACAGGGUGCUAUUGAAAGUAUAUAUCAUCUUUCCUCAACUAUGGGUGCUGAAAUCCUUCCAUAUAUUGUUUUCCUUAUUGUCCCAGUCUUGGGUAGAAUGAGUGAUUCCGAUAACGAUGUCCGGGUGCUAGCGACUUCAACUUUUGCUUCUAUCAUCAAGUUGGUACCCUUAGAAGCGGGUAUCCCCGAUCCCAAAGAUAUGCCUCAGGAAUUGUUAGAGGGCAGAGACAGAGAACGUGACUUCAUUCAGCAAAUGAUGGACCCAACUAAAAUUAAACCUUUUGACUUGCCAGUCACUAUUAAGGCCACCUUACGGAAGUAUCAACAAGAAGGUGUGAACUGGUUGGCAUUCUUGAACAAAUAUCAUUUACAUGGUAUUCUAUGUGACGAUAUGGGUUUGGGAAAGACAUUACAAACACUUUGUAUUGUAGCUUCUGAUCAUCAUAUUAGAGAAGAGAAGUUUGCUGAGACUGGAUCUCCAGAAUAUAGAAAGUUACCUUCGUUGAUUGUGUGCCCACCAUCGUUAACAGGGCAUUGGGAGCAAGAAAUAAAGCAAUACGCCCCAUUCUUGAAGGUUUUGGUGUAUGCUGGUGGUCCAAGUGUCAGAAGUGCAUUCCGGUCCCAGUUUAGGGACAACGAUAUUGUAGUAACAUCGUAUGACAUUUGCAGAAACGAUGUUGACCAUAUUAUCAAAUUUGAUUACAACUACUGCGUUUUGGAUGAAGGCCACAUCAUCAAGAGUGCACCUUCUAAAUUAACUAAAUCAGUGAAGAGAAUUAGAGCAGAACACAGAUUGAUCUUAUCCGGUACUCCAAUUCAAAAUAAUGUUUUAGAGUUAUGGUCAUUAUUUGAUUUUUUAAUGCCCGGAUUCUUAGGUACAGAGAAGGUAUUCCAUGAGAAGUUUGCUAAGCCUAUUGCUGCUAGUAGAAAUAGUAAGACAUCUUCUAAGGAACAAGAGGCUGGAGCUUUGGCGUUAGAAUCUUUACAUAAGCAAGUUCUUCCCUUUAUGUUGAGAAGAUUGAAGGAAGAUGUGUUAUCUGAUUUACCACCUAAGAUUAUUCAAGAUUACUAUUGUGAAUUGAGUGAAAUCCAAAAACGUCUUUACCGUGAAUUUGCAACAAAGCAAAAAUCUACAGUGCAAGAAGAAGUUCUGGGAGGUAAGGAAGAGAAAUCUCAUGUGUUCCAGGCUUUACAGUACAUGAGAAAGUUAUGCAACCAUCCUGCUUUAGUGUUAUCUGCUGAACAUCCAAAGUACGCUGAAGUCCAGCAAUUAUUGGCUAUGAAGAAGUCAAAUAUUCGGAACAUUGAACAUGCACCCAAGUUGUUAUCGUUAAAGAAUUUACUUUUAGAGUGUGGGAUUGGAACCAACGACGUUGAAUAUUCUUCUUCGGUAUCAUCCAAACUGCAACAACAACAAAUGCUUGCCGGGGGGGUUAUCUCCGAACAUCGUGCAUUAAUCUUCUGUCAGUUGAAAGAUAUGUUGGAUAUUGUUGAAAACGAGUUGUUACGGAAACAUAUGCCAUCUGUUACAUACAUGCGGUUAGACGGAAGUACUGAUCCUCGUGACAGACAAUCUAUUGUCCGUAAAUUCAAUGAAGAUCCAUCCAUUGACAUUUUACUUUUAACCACUAAAGUUGGAGGGUUGGGUCUUAAUUUAACUGGUGCAGAUACAGUCAUUUUCGUUGAACAUGAUUGGAACCCUAUGAAUGAUUUACAAGCCAUGGACCGUGCCCAUCGGUUGGGACAAAAGAAGGUUGUGAAUGUUUAUCGGUUGAUCACCAAGAACACUCUUGAAGAGAAGAUCAUGGGGUUACAAAAGUUUAAGAUGAACAUUGCAUCUACAAUUGUUAACCAACAGAAUGCAGGGUUGGCUUCUAUGGAUACCAAUCAGUUACUUGAUCUUUUCGAUGUAGAUGAGCUGACUUCUAUUGCCCAACAAGGACCGGAAGCUCCCUCUGGUGCUGGCAACGAUGACUCUGAAUCAAAGGUACCGGAUGUUGCUGGCGGACUUACAGGCAAGGCCGCCGGAGCUGUUGGAGAAUUGGCCGACUUAUGGGAUGAGAGUCAAUAUGAGGAAGAAUAUAAUCUUGAUGCAUUUAUCCAGACACUUAAAUAG